UUUGCGGAAAAAGAGUCUUCGUCGUGCUUGGCCGGGAUCAAUGCGGGCAAGGCGCCGCGCCGUUUGUCUGUCUGCUGCAUGCACAAUGACGGCACGCGCCAAGAGGGUGAAAGCUCUGCAAGAGUAUAUGUAUUGCGGGGAGCAGGCACGCGUGGACCAUGAGUGAGCGAGCAAAGCAGACCAACCCAUCUGUCGCCGGCAUCAUGAUAUCCCAGACACUCUUCCUCAUUCUCUCCUUCCUUCUGGCAUGCAGCGACAUCACCCAGCGCGCAGCAGCAGCCACAAUCCGCACGCCGACCCCGCUCAUGGGCUGGAACUCGUACAACCACUACGGCUGCUACCCCAACGAGACGCUCAUCAAAGCCAACGCCGCCGGGCUGCUGGCGCACGGCCUCGCGGAUCUGGGCUACAACACCGUCACCGUCGACUGCGGCUGGCCGGCCAAGGAGCGUACGCCCGCCGGCCGUCUGACCUGGAACGCGACGCUCUUUCCGUCGGGGUUCCCGGCGCUGGGCGACUGGCUGCAUGAGCGCGGCUUGAAGUUUGGACUGUAUUCUGGCGGUGGGAAAUGGGAGUGCGAUAAUGUGGACGGGGAGGCCAAGUUGCCGGCGUCAUUGGGGAAGGAAAGGGAAGACGCGCGCAGUUUUGCUGAUUGGGGUGGGGACACGCUCAAGUAUGACAACUGCUGGGCGAAUGUGUCUGAAGGCAUUUCCAACUACCACCCCAGCGAACGCGAUCCCUCCACGCGUUUCAGAGCCAUGGCCGACGCCCUCAACGCCCAAAACCGCAGCAUCGUGUACCAGAUCUGCCAAUGGGGUGUAGGCAAUGACCUGGGGCGCUGGGCGGCGCAGAUUGGCGAUUCCUGGCGCAUCUCCAACGACAUCGUGAAUAACUGGCAGAGCAUAUGGCGCAUCGCGAACCAGGUGGUGCCGUUCUGGCGGCACACAGGCGUGGGCCGGUACGCAGACAUGGACAUGCUGAUCGUCGGACUGAAAGCCCUCACCCCCGCCCAAGAGCGCACGCACUUCACCCUCUGGUCCCUCGCCAAAUCGCCACUGGUUCUCGGCCUACCACUCACAUCCACAGAGCCUCCGCCCGCCUCCUCCCUCGCCAUCCUCUCCAACCGCGCCGUCCUAGCCAUCAACCAAGACGCGCUCGGGCAGCAAGCGCGCCUCGCCCGCCGCUACGACGCCGACUCCCCCGCCGGCGGGUACGACGUGUGGGCCGGGGAGCUAACGGAAGGGAGAACGGUCGCCGCGGUCGUGAACUGGCGCAAUGCGUCCAGGGACGUGGUGCUUGACCUCAGCGCGCUGGGGCUGCACAAAGCAGAUGCCGCGUACGACGUCUGGGCCGACGAGGAAGUCGGGCCCCUGGACGCGCGCGCGCAGUUCCGCCUCGACGCCCACGACGUCAAGCUGCUCGUCCUCGGCGGCUUGACGCCUGCACAGCAGAACCUCACGCAGAAGGCGUACUACGCCGCCACCUCAGCGUCCCUGACCAGAGGCGCGCGCGCUGUCAGCUGCGCCCCUGGAGCGUGCCUGCCCGCGGGGUCUAAAGUCACUGACCUCGCUCCUGGCGCGGACGUCACGUUCGAGAACGUCGCUGGCGGCCAGCAGCUCGUACUCGACUACGUGAACUACGACGUCGCGCUCGAGAGCGCGUGGACGGACGGGACGAACACGCGGAACGUGACUGUGAGCGUUAAUGGCGGCGAGGCCCGGCGUUGGGAAGUCCCUAUCAGUGGGGGCAACUGGGAGGAGGCGGCACGGAUGAGGGCGGGAACGUCGUCACUGUGGGCGUGGACGAGGGGAUGGGCACCGCGGUCGAGAUAG